UUUUGAACAACCUUGGAUAUCGGAAGAUUUAUAAUUGUGUAAUUAAGUAUUUAGUUGAAAAAUUGGACACAUUUCAAAAUACAGGGGAAAAUAUCUCAUUUUGUACAAUCUGAUGGGAAUCAUCGGCUAGUAUCAGAACUUGGAAUCAAUCAUAAUAAUUAAGAAAGUAAAAAACAGUUUAGUCCUUUUUUUAGUAGUUUUUAUUAGGAAGUAGUUAUAUACCUGUAUCAUUUGUCAUCGACUGAGUUUGAAAUUAAUUAUUAUAUAACAAUAAAACUACCAAAAUCUGUUUCGGCUCCAAAAUGCUCGCAAAAAUUUAUAAAUUGGCUUCUAAACUGUGAAAAUUAUAUUGUGAUAAAACAUUAUAUUAAAUUGUUUUUAUAGAUUUCAGAAAAAUGGUUGUAUCUGAAGGAUGUUUCAGGGACCUUGACAUAAUAGUAGCAAACAGAUAUUCCCGGGCCCUUGACUCUAUUCUCAAACAGAGCGCGGACCUUAAGGAUGAUACGUACAUACAGCAUCUGCUAACAGAGACAGAGUCCAGAGUGAACACUGAAAGUGAGUUUAAAAGCUGUGGUAUAUUUAGGUUUAUUGAAACCGUCCUGGCCGGAGCUUUGAAGGUCCCGGGGCUGAAAACUCUAGCUCUGAACCUAUCCCGGAUAGUCCUGCUAAAACUAGAAUCUGCUCCCAGUAUACUAGACCUGGUUGAGCAAAAGAUAGAAGAUCUCUGUCAAUCUGAUGAUCAAAACUUGAUCUCGGCACUACUACACCUAAUACAGUCUAUCCUUAAUAAGAAUGAACCCCCCAUUCUUAGUGGACAAUUAGUUAGUAUCGCAACAAAAAGAAAAUUUCUAGAAAUGGUGUUAAAAAAUCUUCAAAGUCCAGUUUCCUAUCAUAUAAGUGAUCGCUCUAUUAAGUGCUUUAUCUCAAUUCUAACAGUAUUAUCACAAAUCAAACAGGAUGAAAAAUCCGCUAAUUACAAAAAAAUCUGCCAAAAUCUUCUCGUUGAAUAUUUUGAGAACGCCAAGGACACAAAACUUCUUCUGGCCCAGUUGAAACAGAUGGUGAAGCAGGUUAAGAUUAGUGAAUUAAAGACAGAACUGUUUGAAUUUGUGAAGUGUAAACUAGAUUAUUCAAUGAUAAGCUUUGGUGCUAGAGAUUUCUGCUUUGUUCUGCUUGAAUCCGGGCUAGACAACGGAGAUAUAGAAGAAACAGCAAGAAAGUUAGUCCGUGUCGAGGAUCCUACAUUGCGCCUGACAGCUUGCGUUGAAAUCACCAGAAUACUUCCCAGAGCUCCUAAUCUAGUAACACAUGUUACAGAUUAUCUGAACCUGGUUGGAACAGGGCCAGAUUUUAUCAGAUUCAUCUCUAAACCAAACAUAGGAGAUAACAUUUCAUCCAACCCUCAUAUUAGGAGAAAAUGUUUGGAGGGUUGUGUAAAAGUACUUGAGGAGGAAGAAUCUGAAAAUAUCCAGAAUAUACUCGCUGUGCUCACGUUUGUCCAAGGAAUUUCUCAAUUUAAUGAUCUUGAAUGCUUAGAGAACAUCCUCCAGUUUAUCAGAACGACGUUAGGACGGUUCAUGGGCGUGCCUGACAACCUUAAAUCCUGUUGCUGUCAAACCCUGUCCUCCCUUGUCCUACAUGAUGUUAUCGGCAGUCAGGCAGCGCUGGAGUUUUUGUCCUCCCUUGGUUACAAUUGUGUGAGUGAUACUGGAUCAUGGCAGCUUAAAGAUUCCGCUAUCCAGUGUCUGUGUAUUAUUCUGAAAUCCUGCCUGCCUGUCCUAUCCUUGGAACAACUCUUCUGUAUUCAGAACAUUAUUAACUCCACCCAGACAAACUACAACAGCUAUGUAAGAUCUGGAUCCUACCAACUCUGGUCUUCCCUACUCAACCUUCAAGCAGGGUUGACCGAAGAUGACCAGCAGUUUAUCUAUUCACGUGCAGAGAAAACUUUAUUAACCGACGAGGAAGCCAUUGUUCGAAGAGAGUGUGUGGACUUUGUUAGUUCUGUCGUCUUCCUUCUAAAUUCAAGGGAGUUGGAACAGAAGCUGUCUAAUCUUCUCAUUCAUGUUCUUAGCAAGGAUUUUGAUUGGGAAGUAAAGCUAAAAACUGCCUCUGUUUGGACGAAGAUCUUUACUAAGCACAAGCAAGAUUUAGAUAGAAACGAAAGUCUUCAAAAUUGCGGAUUUUUCAACGGACUUAUUCUCGGGUUGACCGACUACGAGGGUUCAGUUCGAGGAAGGUUCGAAGAGCUUCUCGAGGAACUUGAAGAUGAUUUAAACCUUAGAGAAGAACAUUGUUUGAACAAGAUCCAAAAGUUGGAUAUCGCGGCAUUAAACUCCAGGAAAUCUGUCCCGAACAAAAGUGUUCCGCAUUUUGAAGAAGACGAUGUUGAUGAUAUUAUUGAGAGGAUAGUUGAAGCAGAGGACUCGGAUCUUGUGGCUGAAUUACACACUAGCGCCGUCUGCACAGACACAAAAAUUGUGAAUUAUUCGAAAAAAAGUUUUCCGGAUUUUCUGCUAAUUUACCGAGACCGGAGGUUGGGGAUAGAGGAUGAAGAAGAAGAUUUUCUUGAUUCUAUUCUAGAAGAUAUUAUCAACUCUACAGACAAUAAAGGACUAGUAGAGAUUGUCGACUGCUAUUGACCAGUGAUUUUUUACUUAAAAAAGGUGCUCACCGAAAAGAUUUAAUUUCAGA